AGUGACGUCACCGUCAUCUGUUCACUUCAGAGUAGAGAGCAGGCAGCAGAGCAGGACCGAGCACAUCCUCCCUAUAAAGGCUUUCUCCUGAGUUAUUCUUGGGAGCCUUAUUCUGUUCUCCUGUGUGAGCUGUGUGUGCAGUGGAGCAUAAUGGGAGAGCUAUUCCGUAGUGAGGAGAUGACCCUAGCCCAGCUCUUUUUGCAGUCUGAGGCUGCAUAUUGUUGUGUCAGUGAACUGGGGGAGUUGGGAAUGGUACAGUUCAGAGAUCUCAACCCCGAUGUGAAUGUGUUCCAGAGAAAGUUUGUGAAUGAAGUGAGGCGCUGUGAGGAGAUGGAUAGAAAGCUGCGGUUUGUAGAGAAGGAGAUUAAGAAAGCCAACAUCCCCACUGUGGACACUGGUGAAAAUCCUGAAGUACCCUUUCCACGAGACAUGAUCGAUCUUGAGGCAACUUUUGAAAAGCUGGAGAAUGAGCUGAAAGAAAUUAACACCAAUCAAGAAGCCCUAAAGAAGAAUUUCUUGGAGCUUACUGAGUUGAAGCACAUCCUAAGACGUACACAGCAGUUCUUUGAUGAGAUGGAAGACCCUAACCUGCUGGAGGAGACAUCAUCUUUGUUGGAUCCCAGCGAGGCUGGGAGAGGUGCCCCUCUGCGGCUUGGGUUUGUUGCUGGCGUAAUAAGUCGAGAACGGAUACCCACCUUUGAGCGAAUGCUUUGGAGGGUUUGUCGUGGCAAUGUGUUUUUACGAUUGGCUGAGAUUGAGGACCCCCUUGAGGACCCCACAACAGGAGACCAAGUUCAUAAGUCAGUAUUUAUAAUUUUUUUCCAAGGAGACCAGCUUAAAAACCGUGUUAAGAAGAUCUGUGAGGGGUUCCGUGCAUCCCUGUACCCUUGUCCUGAAACUCCACAGGAGAGAAAAGAGAUGGCAUCUGGUGUUAACACCCGCAUUGAUGACCUGCAGAUGGUGCUAAAUCAAACUGAGGAUCACCGGCAAAGGGUUCUUCAGGCUGCGGCUAAAACUCUACGUGUGUGGUUCAUCAAAGUGAGGAAGAUGAAGGCCAUCUACCACACACUGAACCUUUGCAAUAUUGAUGUCACUCAGAAAUGUUUGAUUGCAGAAGUGUGGUGCCCCGUCUCUGACCUCGAUUCGAUACAGUUUGCCCUGCGCAGGGGCACGGAGAGGAGUGGAUCCACUGUUCCUUCCAUUUUGAAUAGAAUGCAGACCAAGCAGACUCCACCCACCUACAACAAGACAAACAAAUUCACUUCUGGCUUUCAGAACAUUGUGGAUGCUUAUGGGAUUGGAACCUACAGAGAGAUUAACCCAGGCACCUACACCAUCAUCACCUUUCCUUUCCUGUUUGCUGUGAUGUUUGGGGACAUGGGUCAUGGUCUACUGAUGACCUGUGCUGCCCUUUACCUCGUCAUCAGAGAGAGUCGCCUACUUGCACAGAAACGAGACAAUGAGAUGUUUAACAUGGUGUUUUCAGGCCGGUAUAUAAUCCUUUUAAUGGGCUUAUUUUCCGUCUACACUGGAAUGAUCUACAAUGACUGCUUCUCCAAAUCCCUCAACAUGUUUGGUUCUGGUUGGAGCAUUAAGCCCAUGUUUGGCUCCAAAGGCAACUGGUCGUUUGAGACUCUUGAUGAAAAUUCAGUAUUACAACUUGACCCAAUUGUACCAGGAGUAUUUGGUGGGCCAUAUCCUCUGGGUAUUGACCCAAUCUGGAACAUUGCCACAAACAAGCUAACCUUCCUGAACUCAUUUAAAAUGAAAAUGUCAGUCAUUUUAGGGGUGAUUCACAUGUUGUUCGGAGUCAGUCUUUCUCUCUUCAAUCAUCUGUACUUUAAAAAGCCUCUGAACAUCUUCCUGGGUUUUAUCCCUGAAAUUGUGUUUAUGAGCAGUCUGUUUGGUUAUUUAAUCUUGCUGAUCUUCUAUAAGUGGACAGCCUAUGAUGCAGCCACUUCUAAAGACGCUCCAAGCCUCCUCAUAUCCUUCAUCAACAUGUGUCUUUUUAACUACAAUGAUCCGACCAAUAAACCUCUGUACAAAGGACAGAUGGGUAUUCAGUCUCUGUUGGUGGUAAUUGCUAUGAGCUGUGUUCCCUGUAUGUUGGUGGUGAAGACCAUGGUGCUCCGUCGUCAGCACCUGUGGAAAAAGCACUUGUCCCAGAUGAGGGAGGCAAGCCCUGCUCAGAAAGUAGAAACUUUAGAGCAAGCAGGCACCAGCUCAUCCACCGGACUCACUCAACAGGGCACACAGAAGUUUGGGGGAGUUCGGGUCGGGAACGGACCGACUGAGGAUGAGGCUGAGAUCAUUGAGCACGACCAACUAUCCCAACAUUCUGAUGAUGCAGAUGAGCACACAGAGGAAGAACCGUUUAACUUUGGGGAUGUAGCAGUCCACCAGGCCAUCCACACCAUUGAAUACUGUCUGGGUUGCAUUUCCAACACUGCCUCCUACCUGCGUCUUUGGGCUCUUAGUCUGGCUCAUGCACAACUCUCCGAGGUAUUAUGGGGAAUGGUGAUGCACAUAGGACUGUCCUCUGCAAGUGGUGCGGGAUUCUUCAGCUUGUCUAUUAUUUUCCCAGCAUUUGCCACACUUACAGUGUGUAUUCUGCUUGUCAUGGAGGGCCUGUCUGCAUUUCUGCAUGCUCUGCGACUACACUGGGUGGAAUUCCAAAACAAGUUCUACACUGGCCAGGGCUUCAAGUUUUUGCCCUUCUCAUUUGAAAGCAUCCUGGAGGGCCGCUUCGAUGAGUAGCACUGAUCAGAUUGCAAGUCUCCGUAGCAUUUUUUUUUGCAUGGAUCAUAUCCUGAUAUUCCUACAUCAGGAGAGCUUUUCUUGUGAAUUGUGUGUAAGCUGUAACCUUCCACUUUCUGGAUGGCCAUUAUGAAAUCAUUGUUAGGUAUUUUAUGUUUUGUUCUUAGCAGAUUUACAUGGAUGGUUCCUAAAACAUAUCUAUGUUCGGUGUUUAUUUAAAGGCCCUUAAGUAAAAUAUGUCUGGUAUUCUGAAACAAAGUUACAGAGAGGUGAUGCCAUUGUGCUGGGUAUUUUGUAUUUACUUAUUAGCAUAUUUAAAUUAAUGGUUUCUAAAAAACAAAACUAACAAAACAGUGUUCAGUGUUUAAGGCCGUUGAGUAAACUACUUGUGAUAUUGUUAAGCAAACUGAGAGCAGAACAUGUAAAUUUAAUGUUGCUAAUAUUCUAAACUGAUGCAUUUUAAGGUCAUAACUUGGUGCAUAUCUUGGAGUCGAGGGUUCAAGUGCAAAACUUACUUAUUUACAAAGGGAGAAGCAUUCCAAGACAAGCCACACUAGUGCUUUAUAUCAGUUUCCUGGGCUUCCAUUCGGUAGCCAGGUGGAGGUGUAUGAGACAAAAGAGGAAUUUUAAAGGCCUGUCCACUACCAUUAAAUCCAUGUAUCUCACCUUUAAGCAGAAAAAUAACUUUUCAAAAGUCUUUAAGAUGGAAAAAAAAACUAUUUGUGGACUUUAAGGGGAUAAUAAAUAGAACAUAAAUAUGAGGGAACUUCUGAUUGUGCAGAAUAACAGAAGGAAAUCUGAUGACAGCUUCACCAUACAGAAGAAAAUUUCUACAUUGACAUUUCUUCUGCCUUGAAGAUCCAAGCACUAGUGGAAUGUUGGAAUAGGUGCAUUAGUGUUUAUUAUCAUAACUGUGUUCUGCCACAUCAUUAUCACAAUUUUUAACAUGUAUUUAUACUUAUUAACAGGCAAACAAAUUUUAGCAUGACAUUUGGUUUAUUUUAAAAAGUAAGACUGACACCGAAUCUCAGAAGUCAAAUACCACACAGUGAAAAUGGGCCUAAAUCUAGUGACAAUCUCACAUAACUGAGACAUAUGUGUUUUCAGCAAAGCUGUUGGAAUAAUUAUGUUUAAAAUGCAUUGUAUUAAAUCUUUCCCCUACAGGCGUGCAUAAUUGAGAAUACUGGAUUUUGUAGAAAAACAUGAUAUGAUAUAUGAAAAUAAAUAUAGGGUGAAU